AUGUAUUGUAACCGCAUUCCCAAACCAGGCACUUUAGCAGUAAGAUUAAUCAUACCAUUCUUUUCUAUAUUUUUGGUCGCUCACUGGCAAAAUCCAGUGGAAGAUUCCGGAAACUACAUUACUGGGGAACACAACACAGUAAUACGUAAAGAUAUAUAUUCUGAGGUUCCAUGGCUAUCAGGCAUCCGGCCCAAAAAUGAAAACAAUAAAGAUAUUGUAAUAUCAGGAGUGACUGCCCCAACAGAUGUUUUCUGCUCUGUACCUGGCCGUCUUUCCUUGCUCAGUUCAACGUCCAAAUAUAAAGUGACCGUUGCAGAAGUUCAAAGACGGUUAUCUCCCCCAGAAUGUCUAAAUGCAUCACUGCUAGGAGGCGUUCUGAGACGGGCCAAAUCAAAGAAUGGCGGUAGGUCUUUGAGAGAAAAACUGGAAAAGAUAGGUCUUAGUUUGCCAGCAGGUCGACGGAAAGCCGCCAAUGUUACUUUACUUACAUCUUUGGUGGAAGGAGAAGCAAUAAGAUUGGCUCGGGAUUUCGGUUAUUUGUGUGAGACAGAAUUUCCGGCGAGGCAAUGUGCAGAAUACACAUGCAGGCAGUAUACAGAUCCAACUGAGCAGCACACACGUAAAAACAUGAUCCUAGCGACUAAACAAUUACUUAAAGAAUUAGUGGAUUUAUUAAACCAAGACAGAUCCCCGUUAGGAAAUGCGCGUCCUCAGUUAAUUUUGGAACAAGGAAUUCAGCGGCACUUGACACAUUUCAGCUUGAUCACUCACGGUUUUGGUAGCCCGGCUGUAGCUGCAGCUCUUACAGCUGUCCAGAACUACCUGAAUGAAAUGUUAAAAUAUCUAGACAAAAAUUACCCCUCGCAAAACUCCCAGGUCUCAUCUGCUAACCAACUGGACUCAACUGGCAAAGCAAAAUCUGAAAAAGAUGAAAAUCGGAGAGAAUGAGAUUUAUUUUGAAUGUUUUUUUUUUAUAUACAUACAUGUAUACAUUUCUAUACAUAUACAUAUUUGCAUGCCGGUGUUUUGAUAUGCAUGCAUUUAUAGACAUAUUUCUACAUGAAAAUAUGUGAAUAU